UUGGCAUCUGUUACAAUUCGCUUCACUUCCUACUCCCCAGGAGCAAGAGAGGAAGCGCGGCGAACAGCCCGAGGUAGCAAAGCAGACAGGGAAGAGAAUAUUUACUAAGGGCGAGGAGUUUUCCGAAUCCAGCGCAUGCUGGUGCGAAAGGCCGGGAGGCAGGCAGGCUGCAGCGCCCCGCCGAAAGCUGCCCCAUCCAGCCAGAACCUCCAGCCAUCUCGCUCCUCUACGUGCACGUCCUCGGCAAGCACCUGCGGUGCACGGAGCGGCUUCCAGUUUGGCCGCUGACGGUCUUGCGGGCGUGGGUGGCAGCCUCGGUUGGCGGGAGCGGCGAAAAGGCUGGCUCCCGGCCGCCUUGGAGAGCGAAGGAGGAGGCGCCCGGGCUGCUGGGCGCAGGCCGCCGGUGCCUCGGGCGUCGGGAGACGGCGUCCAAACAGCGCCGCGGGGCGAAUCGGAGAGGAGACUGCGCGUGAGGGACGACUGGCCAUGGUCGUGGCCGCGGGGCGAAGGGAGGGCGACUCCCCCGCCCGGAACUCGGGAGAGUUUGGACGCUGCGUGUGGAGCUGAGGAGAAGAAUGUGCUCCGGCCCCACCUCCUCCUCCGCCUGGCGCUGCUGCUGUUGCUGCUCCUCACAAGCAAAGAAGGCUGAAAGGGAAGAGACGAGACUCGGGCUGCUGCUGCCGCCGCCGCCGCCGCCGCCGCUGCUGCUGCCGGGCGCGCUGUGCCUGCGCCGCGGGAGCGAGCUCUGACGGUGCUGUUGCUGCACCUGCCUUCAGCCGCUCUGGGAUGUGCAGCAAACGCCUCCUUUUGAACUCCGCUACUUCUCCCGCGCGCUCCACGGAUCUGCUUGGGCGCUCAGCGGCUUCCCGCCGCCGCUUCUGCGGAGGAAUCUACUAGCCCUUCCUCCUGGCAAAGGAUGCCCGGUAGCCGCUCCGCGGAGCCAUAAUCCCUGAGCCUUAAGAAGUGGAAUCACAUUUGAGAACUCAUGGCUACUCAUCUGUUUUGGAUCUGGAGCCUUUUUAUCAUGUUCCUGAUCUCUUCCAUAAACCCUGAAAGUACCUGAUCAUUGAAGACUGAAAUACAUAUUUUUUUUCAUUGAAAGCACCUGUUUUAAAGUAGAUGUACCAGAUCUUCUGGAUGACCAUAAGGAUAAAAAGACUGAAGAAGUCCUGAAGAUUGAUGGAGGGCCAUGCUAUUCAAACAGCAGGUGUUGCUGAGACAGAAGCUCCUUGUGCUAGGCAGCCUUGCUAUUGGAAGUCUCCUAUAUCUAGUUGCCAGAGUUGGGAGCUUGGAUAGACUGCAGCCCAUUUGCCCUAUUGAUGGUCGGUUUGGACUCCAUGGCCAAGACGAAAUUCCACUUCGAGCUCUACAGUUUAAACGUGGCUUGCUACAUGAGUUUCGGAAGGGCAAUGCCAGCAAGGAACAAAUUCGACUUCACAGUUUGGUUCAACAGAUCCCAAAGGCCAUAAUAAUUGGGGUGAGGAAAGGAGGCACACGAGCUCUAUUGGAAAUGCUGAAUCUCCACCCAGCAGUGGUCAAAGCUUCUCAAGAAAUCCACUUCUUUGAUAAUGAUGAGAAUUAUGCCAAGGGCAUUGAAUGGUACAGGAAAAAAAUGCCAUUUUCUUACCCUCAUCAAAUAACAAUUGAGAAAAGUCCUGCAUACUUUAUCACGGAGGAGGUACCUGAAAGGAUAUAUAAAAUGAACUCAUCCAUCAAAUUACUGAUCAUUGUCAGGGAACCCACAACAAGAGCUAUUUCUGAUUACACUCAGGUGCUGGAGGGGAAGGAACGAAAGAAUAAAACCUAUUACAAAUUUGAGAAGCUGGCAAUUGAUUCUAAUACCUGUGAAGUCAACACUAAAUACAAGGCUGUAAGAACCAGCAUCUACACAAAACAUCUGGAGAGAUGGUUAAAAUAUUUUCCCAUUGAGCAGUUUCAUAUUGUUGAUGGUGAUCGUCUCAUUACAGAACCAUUGCCAGAACUCCAGCUGGUAGAGAAGUUCUUAAAUCUUCCUCCAAGGAUAAGUCAAUAUAAUUUAUAUUUCAAUGCCACCAGAGGAUUUUACUGCUUGCGAUUUAACAUUGUCUUUAACAAGUGCCUGGCAGGAAGCAAGGGACGCAUCCAUCCAGAGGUGGAUUCCUCUGUAAUUACCAAAUUGCGCAAGUUCUUUCACCCUUUUAAUCAGAAAUUUUACCAGAUCACAGGGAGGACCUUUAACUGGCCCUAAAGUAAAUUUCAUACAACACUGUGUGUUGCACCCAGAUAUGCAACCGUGUCUCUACUAGAGUAAAAAUAUGCACUUUUCAUACACACAGCUUUCAAAGUACCCCUUUUCAUGCAAUCUUGUACAUAUGCAGUAUGUGACCAAAUAUAUGAUGGGAUCAAUUUUUCUGCAGAGCAGUAAAUAACAUGACAUUUACUCUGUGCAUAAUUGCAUCAUUUUUGCUAUACAAUUAAAUAAAAUAUGUCAUUUAAAAAAACCAACUCAGCUAUCCAGUUCAAAGGGUCAGUACUCUGCUCUGUAAAAUGUUGCUACCAAACAUAUUUAGAGAGAAGUCAGACUAUCAGUUUAUAAUUAACUGCAAAAAUUGUAUUAGGCUAUUAUGGAUGCACAUUGCUAGAAGAAUAUUGACCCUUUACUCUAUUAAAUCUACACUUCAGACUUGUAUUGGUUGUUCCUUCUUUCCAGGAAAUGUUUGGAACUGGAUUCGGAAUUUUGAGCACUGUCAUCAUCCUAGGAUUCUUUGGGGGAACAUGAUGACCACUAAAAUGUGAUAAAGCCAGUGUAAGUUGGCAAUGUAGAUUCAUCCUAAGUGUGAUGCUGAGUUGUUCUACUGGAAUUCUUUUCCUAUUUUUUGAAAAGAAAUUCUCUCAUGCAAUCGACGUUGUUUCAAAUUUCCUGUGGUGAGUUUGCACUAUUGUUUUUAUUGUAUGGAUCAUCUUGGCACUUGUAGCAUGUCAAUCAUAUGUCAAAAAUAAAGCUUUUUUUUCUUUCUAUGCUUGUAUGUUGACAAAGAGAAACCUACUGUAUAUAAUGUACAUUGUUUGUAAAUACUGGUUUCACACUAAGUAAUUCUAUUUUGUAAGCUGAAUAUGACUAUUUAAUUUAUUGUGAAAAUUAAAUUUAUUGUGGUAUUUAAAAAUGGAAUGGAUUAAAAUUGCUAUAUGCACUG